AUGAAGGUUGAACUGGGAGUCAAGCUUGGAGUUGAUUCGUCGUCGUUGACUCCUUUGGAGGUGAGGAUGGCAGCGGCCAAGACGGCAAAAGAGUCAUCUGCCCGGGCAAAAGGUUCUUUUGCAACAUUAGUGGCUGAUUCCAAGGUGGAUGAGUCCAGCCUUGCAGGGGAUGCAGAAAAGAAGUGGUGGCAGAUGUCGAGGAUUAGGAAGGUGGAGUUGCUGAGAGCAUGGCUGAUUAGGCGGAUGCGGAAAAGACUACAGAUCAGGGAUCUUUUAUUGGCAUCUCGGAGUAGAUGA